GAGAGAGAGAGAGAGAGAAAGAGAGAGAGAGGAAAAGCAAGAGAUGACAGGUGCCCAGGCGAUGAAGCGUAUUCCACUCAUUAAAUUCCCUCAAAGACAUCCAAAACCUUCAGGCUCUGUUUCCCAACCUGAAGCAGCAUCCGCAGCUGGAGGUGUUCAUUCAACUUUCUUUUCCAAGUUGGGAGCUUCAGGGGCACCUACCAACACUUCUGCGGGAGGGAGGGCUUCUGAUCAGCCAAAACGCACGCCAGUGUCUGACAGGGAGAUUGAAGCUAUUUUGUUGGGUGGCUGCUUCUGAUAUUUUGACCUACAUCUCCAACAACAGAGGAUGGUAUGUUGGCAUGUUUUUCCCCUUUAAUUUUCUUUCUUUUGUGAAAUAUCAAACAUAUACCUCAAGGGAAAUUUGUUCUUUUAUACAAUGUUAUAGAUGGGAUGGACUAGUUGGGAAUUUUACUCUACAAUAACAAAAGAAAAAUGACAUUAUAAUGAGCCUUUUAUGGGAUACCA